AUGACUGUCAUCACCACGCCCCCAAAGCCCAUCCAAUCCCCCGCUGACAUCACGGAAGAGGAUCUCGCCAAUAUCUUGCCCCCAAAUCCCUCCGUUGGACUAGCUGAACGCUACUUCAAUGUCAAUGGGUGUCGUCUUCCUGAGUUAAUGGCCAUGGCAAUGGGCCUCACUUCUGUUGAUGGACGUGAACUGGGCAAUACUGACAUUGAACCUUUUGUUAGCAUGAAGUUCCGCAAAAAGGUGGUGCCCACGGCAAAGGAUUUGAUGGAAGAAAUCAAGCGCCGCUGCAAGCUUGACAGCAGCAAGAAGGCACCCUCGUGCAGGCACUGGAACAAGGACAAGCUCGUCAGUUGGUUGAAGGAGAACCCAAUGUCUGACGUGAUUGAUCGCGUCUUUGUGCAACUUGAAGAAGAAAAGCUCUUCAACAUGUUGACAAAGGCCGCAGAAGAGAAGACUGAAACAGCCAAAAAGAACCAGACUGGAGCUUGGGUGACCCUCGAGCCAUACCUCAGGCUCAUUGAGUGCUUCUUCCAUGAUGAUAACCGCGAACUCCUGAUGAGAACGAACAAGGCAUUGACAAGGGAUGAGUUGGACGCCAGAAACUCUGACCAAAGGCCUGUUGAUUACUGGGAGGCAGUCGCUCGUAUAUUCAAUGAUGACAGCUAUGUCUUUUUUUCUCGCAUGUUACCUGAACUGCAUCCCACUUUUGCGGAUGUCAUUGACCUUUCGUUCGACAAAGUGCCAGGUACCAUCAGUGCCCAAGAAGCUAGACGCAGGUUCAGCGACUGUCGUGCCAAGCUGGUCAAAAUUGUUUCCAAGUGGGAGCUCAGCGGUAAUGGGUUCGGUCAGAGGACAACAGAAGAGCCCCAGUUCGGUCACAUGGAAGAAGAACAGCUCGAGGAAGGGGACAAUCGUUCGAGCUUCCUUGAUUCUGGAACUCGCGAACACAUCCUGUAUCUCUGGCAUGUGGCGGACACUGAGGAGGUCAUGAAGACAUCUUGA